GUGUGUUUGUGCUUGCAGACACCCGGCAGGUGCAGCCCUCGCCGCCCUGGUCCUACGACCAGUCCUACCAGUACCUGGGCUCCAUCGCCACGCCCGCCGUGCACCCGGCCACGCCCAUCUCACCUGGCCGGGCCGGCGGCAUGACCUCGCUCACGGCCGAGCUCUCCAGCCGCCUCUCAGGAGCGUCCGACCUGACGGCGUUCAGCGACCCCCGGGUGGGCAUCGACCGCUCCUUCCCGGCGCUGCCGUCCAUCUCCGACCCUCGCAUGCACUACCCGGGAGCCUUCACCUACACGCCCACGCCCGUCAGCUCCGGCAUCGGCAUCGGCAUGUCGGCCAUGUCCACGGCCACCAGAUACCACACGUACCUCCCGCCGCCCUACCCCGGCUCUUCCCAGGCUCAGGGCAGCCCCUUCCAGACCAGCUCCCCCUCCUACCACCUGUACUACGGCACCUCGGCCGGCUCCUACCAGUUCUCCAUGAUCUCCGGCGGGGACCGCUCGCCGCCGCGCAUCCACCCGCCCUGCACCAACGCCUCCACGGGCUCCGCGCUGCUCAACCCCAACCUGCCCAACCAAAGCGACGUGGUGGAGGCCGAAGGGAGCCACAGCAACUCGCCCACCAACAUGGCCAGCACGGCAAGGCUGGAGGAGGCCGUGUGGAGGCCGUACUGAGGAGGUCGGGAGGAGCUCGAGGGUCAGGACUAACGGACUUCCCAUUUCCCGGCGCCCGGAGGGAUCCCAGAAACUUCCCUGCGGGCCCUGCCGCGCUCCUCCGCGAGUUUCAGGAGCAAACCCUCCCGAAGUUGGCGCUCCCAGGGGUGGUGGCUCUCGUUGCCCAGGCCCUGGUGGAGCCGCGUCGCUCCGGCAAAGAAUUCCCGGCAGGAGAGCGAGCUUCUGGAAAGGAGGACGGCCCAGCUGGUGGUGCAGAGGUAGCGAGGGUGGGUAGAAGGGUAUCCAGCCUGAUUCCAGGCCUGUGGCUUCCCAACGUGCCUGGGCUUGAAGGUCUCCACAGCCCUGAAAGAG